UUUCUACCAGUCAGUGUUGAGGCUGCAUCACAACAAACAACAAACAACAAACCGCCUGCGCGUCAACACGGUCUUCAGGGUGAAACUUUUCCACGAGUGUCCUCCGGUUUACUCGUCGUCCAGAAAACCUGAAAGACCCGCGCAACCCGGCCAGGAGACGCCAAAUUGCCGUGGAAAUUAGACAACCCUCGCAGACUCGUUCUCUGAAGACUCGUGGUGCGUUUGACUGAGGAGCGCCUCUCGGUGGCCGAGCCAUGCAGGUGCAGGAUCUGAUUUGGCAGUUCCGGUUGCCCGAAUUGGGCGACUUCAGGCAAUAUGUGCGUAGUUUGCCCACCAACACGCUGAUGGGCAUGGGUGCGUUCGCCGCCAUCACCACCUACUGGUACGCCACCAGACCACGAGCCCUGACGCCCCCCUGUGACCUCACCAUGCAGUCUGUGGAGGUGGAGGGCGAGGAAUACGCUCGCCGUUCCACCCUCCUGGACAGCGACAGGUUGAUGAUGCGCUUCUAUGAUGAUGCACGGACCAUGUACGAGGUGUUUCUUCGUGGAAUCAGAGUGUCCAAUAACGGCCCUUGUUUAGGAUCGAGAAAACCUAAGCAGCCAUACGAAUGGCUCUCGUACAAAGAGGUUGCAGACAGGGCCGAGAUGAUUGGCUCAGCGUUGCUCCACAGAGGUCACAGUAAAGAAGGAGACAAAUACAUCGGUAUCUUCUCCCAGAACAGACCUGAGUGGACUAUAUCUGAGCUGGCCUGCUACACGUACUCGCUGGUGGCUGUUCCACUGUAUGACACACUGGGCACCAAGGCCAUCGGCUACAUCGUAGACAAAGCCGAGAUAUCGACGGUGAUCUGUGACACGGUGGAGAAGGUGCGCACGGUGCUGGAGUGUGUGUCGGGUCGAGAGCACAGCGUCAGGACCGUCGUACUGAUGGAGGAGAAGGAGAGCGAGCUCACGGCACGAGCCGAAAAGCUGGGCAUCCAGAUUCUCAGCCUGAGGGAACUGGAGGCUCUCGGCAGAGCUUAUCACAAACGCCCGGUGCCUCCUACACCUGAAGACCUCGCACUGGUCUGCUUCACCAGCGGAACGACAGGGCAGCCGAAGGGUGCGAUGCUCACGCACGGCAACGUCAUCUCCAACUGCGCCGCCUUCAUCCGGAUCACGAAGGAAAAACUAAGGAUGAAUCGUCACGACAUUAUCAUCUCCUUCUUGCCUCUUGCUCACAUGUUUGAGAGAGUGAUGGAGAGCGUGAUCCUGGUGCACGGCGCGAGGAUCGGUUUCUUUCAGGGCGACAUCCGUACGCUGAUGGACGAUCUGAAGACUCUCAAACCCACCGUGUUCCCCGUCGUCCCCCGACUCCUCAACCGCAUGUUCGACAAGAUCUUUGGGCAGGCGAACACUCCGCUGAAGCGCUGGCUGCUCGACUUCGCCACCAGGAGGAAAGAGUCGGAGAUGCGCAGCGGCAUCGUGAGGAAGGACAGCAUGUGGGACAAACUCAUCUUCAACAAAGUCCAGGUGAGUCUGGGUGGGCGUGUGAGGCUGAUGAUCACCGGCGCCGCUCCCGUGUCCCCCACUGUGCUGACGUUCCUGCGGGCUGCUCUCGGCUGCCAGUUUUAUGAAGGUUAUGGACAGACAGAAUGCACUGCAGGAUGCUCCAUGUCUCUGCCAGGAGACUGGACGGCAGGUCACGUGGGUCCUCCUUUACCCUGUAAUUAUGUGAAACUGAUCGAUGUGGCUGAGAUGAGCUACUACGCAGCCAACGGAGAGGGCGAGGUGUGUGUGAAAGGACCAAACGUGUUCCAGGGCUAUCUGAAAGAUCCGGAGAAGUCCGCGGAGGCCAUCGAUACAGAUGGCUGGCUGCACACGGGCGACAUCGGCAAAUGGCUCCCGAACGGCACGCUGAAGAUCAUCGACAGGAAGAAGCACAUCUUUAAGCUGGCUCAGGGCGAGUACAUCGCUCCCGAGAAGAUCGAGAACAUCUACAUCCACAGCGACCCCGUGGCUCAGAUCUUCGUUCAUGGAGACAGUCUGCAGGCGUGCUUAAUCGGCAUUGUGGUACCAGACCCCGAAUUCCUCCCUGGAUGGGCCAAGAAAAGAGGACUUGUGGGCUCCUACCUCGAGCUGUGCAAGAGCAAGGAAGUGAAAAAUGCCAUUCUAGAUGACAUUGUGCGGUUGGGGAAAGAAGGUGGCCUGAAGUCCUUUGAGCAGGUGAGAGACAUCGUCCUGAACCCCGAGAUGUUCUCCGUGGAGAACGGCCUCCUUACACCAACCCUGAAGGCCAAGAGAACAGAGCUGAGGAACCACUUCAAAGAACAAAUCGAUCGGCUCUACGCCAAGAUCAAGACGUAAACACAAACAGAGAUGGAGGGGGAAAGAAGGUGGAGAAAGCCAGAGAGGGUGGUGUGAUGUGGUGUGAUCUCGAACACAUGUCCUCGCUCUGUAAAUAAAGUGCAGUUACGAUGAUGUCCACUCGGUGGUGCUGAGUGUGAGCUUUUUGCUUAAAACGUACUUGGGUAACCAAUGUGAUUUUAUUCAAUGCCUUCAGGCCAGUAAAUACCAUCUGGCAGAAACAAUUAUAGGAACAGUUUAGAAACCUAUAUAUUUUCACUUCUGCACUAGAUCUACAAGGCUAAUUGCCUCCAGUUUAGCAUCGUAUAAAUCAAACAUGUCUUGACUAAUCAAAUGUUUGAGGUGAAUAUUUAAAAUAUAUAUAUAUUUAUCUAAACUGUUCCUUUAAAUGGUCAUUACUUUGAUAUUCAGAUUAAAUGACCUCUGUUCAGUCCAUCACUGCAGAGUUUUAAAAAAAUCUGCUCCUGACGAAUAAGGUUUCCUUUCUUUAAUUUAAAUAAUGUUGUUUUUUUUUUUUAAAUUGUCAGUUGUCCCUAGCCUCUGUAGGCUGGUUCCUGUGUACCUGCUCAGUUUGUCUCAGCUGUCUCUUUCUCUGUGCCAUGUGCUUUCCUAUAUCAAUCGUUUAGUGCCAAAGACGUGCCAUUCCCCUGACUGCCAAGUUCGAGUACAUUUCUAGCAUUGAUGCAAAUCCUGUUAUGAAUUUAUAAAUUAUAAAUAUCUAAGCUUAAAAAUCAAUCAGGUUUUAUGUACAGCCUGAUACGUGUGACAAGUUUGAAAUGAAGAACAAAACACUUUCAAUCAUGCUGUUAUAGGAAAAUAAUCAAUGACGGGCGUGGUGGUAGGAAGAGUUAUGGAUACUGCCCCAAAGUUGAUUAUUUUCCUAUAACAGCAUGUCCCAAUGUGUUUUAUUCCUCGUACACCACAGCCGUUUGUCAUUUAUUAUUUAAACAACAACAACAACAUACCUUUUAUCCAUAAAUAGUUACAUUUGACGUUGGGAAUGAAUCUAAUUUCUGUUAUAGCAGAUAUAAACGGUUGUUGUCCUCGUUUAUUUUCUCUCUCCCAAAGUUAAUCAGACAAACACGCAGCUCGUCGUGUUACAGAGAAACUGCAAAAAGCACAAACUCCUAAUGUGUUAAAUAAACGCAACUCACUGUGGUAUUUAAAAAUAAAGUUUUAAAAAAAACCCGUACACGUUUCUUUAAAUACUUGCGUCACAUUUGGCCAAUUUUUUUACUCUUGAGUUUUAAAUUAAGUAAAUAUAUAGGUUGAUCUGUUUAAAAAAAAAAAAGAAACACUUCUAAAGGUUCAUCUAAAUAACCACUACCACUUACAGUUACUAUUCUGUAAAGAUAUAUUUAUGUUUUAAAUAUAUAGAUAUAUAUAUAUAUUUUAUGUAUAAUUAUUGCCGUACUGAAUGUCACUUGUGUGUGGGUGAAAUAAACAGAUGUAUUGUUUUAUAUCA